AUGUUGCUCGUAGUAGGGCUUUUGCUGCCCUUUAUAAUCCAUGGUGGUGCUAAUGAGGCAGCCAUCAAACGUGAGCUUGCGGCAGACGGUGACCUGACUGCAUAUGUGGAUAUCUUCACUGGUACUCAUAGUGGAGGGAAUAACAACCCUGCAGCAGCGCGACCGUUUGGUAUGGUCAAGCUUGGCCCGGAUCUGUUGAUUCAAGGCACCGAUUCGUAUUCUGGCUAUCUUCCAAAGGGAAAAUUCUCCGGGUUCAGUAUGAUGCAUGAGCAAGGCACGGGGGGUGCUCCGAAAUAUGGCACAGUGGCACAGCUUCCGCUUGUUGGAGAGGUUUCAAAUCCUCUAUCGAGAAUUACAGUCGCCCGGAACGGGAACGAUGAAGCGUCGGUGGGCUACUACAAAGCAAAGACUAGUCAGGGUGUUACCGUAGAGCUUUCGGCCGCCAAUCGCGCUGGUAUAUAUCGUUACACAUUUCCCAGUAGCGGUGAGAGACAUGUCUUGGUUGAUAUCUCGCAUAUACUGCCAUCCUUCCGUGGAAAGAAUUUCGGCCAGGGUUAUGCUGGUGGAGAAAUCACAGUCUUCCCUGACGGUCACUACGAAGGCCAUGGCGUUUAUAAUAAUGGCUGGAAUCGGUCACCUAACUGGCCUAUAUACUUUUGUGGAUAUUUCGAAAACACGCCCCAAGGCAACAAGACUUACGCCAGUAGCAAUGGAGAUGCUAGUAUUGAGCAAGCUAGUGGAUCUGCUUUUUCCAAUUCCUCGGAUGUCAGAAUUGGCGCCCUCUUUACAUUCAACGAAACCGAAGUCAUUUCUCGCGUGGGCAUCUCAUGGCUUUCCACGACGCAGGCUUGCCAGAAUUUGGAGACCGAGAUUCCGCGUGGAACAGAAUUCUCCCAGGUUGUCAACGAUAGCAAGUCUGCAUGGAAUAAGGAAGUUUUCUCAAAGAUCACCACAUCCGCUACAAAUGUAGAUUCACUCACACUUCUAUACACCUCGCUAUACUACAUGCACUUGAUUCCUACCAACCAGACUGGAGAGAAUCCGGGUUGGAAGUCAGAGGAACCCUAUUAUCAGGAUAUAUUCACCUUCUGGGAUCUCUUCCGCUGCGGAACUUCGUUGAUGCAAGUCCUUCAACCAGUGUCAUACGAGGAGCAGAUCCGUUCUCUGAUUGAUAUUUGGAGAAAUGAAGGUUACCUGCCUGAUGCGCGAUCGUCCAAUUAUAACGGUCGUACUCAAGGUGGAUCGAAUGCCGACAACAUCCUUGCAGAUGCAUACGUAAAGGGAGUUCGUGGCAAGGUCAAUUGGUCAGAUGGAUAUGCAGCUAUGGUCAAAAACGCCGAAGUCCAGCCGCCCAACAACGACCCAGAUCCAUUGGCCCAAGACUCAUCGACUAAGGAGGGGCGGGGUGCUUUGCCAGACUGGAAACAGUAUGGCUUUAUCACUCCAUCAUACACCCGUGCAGUCACACGAGCUGUUGAAUACGCUUACAACGACUUUGGGCUGUACCAAGUCGCGUCUGGUUUGGGUAAACACGAUGAUGCGAGCAAAUAUCUCGAGAGAUCGCGCAACUGGAGAAAUCAUUGGAACCCCAAUGCAACGUCACUCGGGUUCAGUGGGUUCGUUGUACCUCGGAACCUUAGUGGAUUCCAGUCUAUCAGUAUCCUCAAUGCGAAGGGGUACUGGAAUGACCCUUGCUACGAGGCCAGUCCAUGGGCGUACUCGUUCACUGACGUCCACGACGCAGAACACAUGAUUGACCUCAUGGGCGGACAUACCGGAUUCGAAAAACGUCUUAACACUACCUUCGAAAAAAGUGCCAGCGGGACCAUUUUCGACCCCUCAAACGAGCCCAUGUUCACAAUCCCCUAUCUCUACAACUACAUUAACCGACCCGAACUCUCCGUCCUGCAAUCGCGCACGGUGGCCAAAUCCCAAUACAGCGUUGGCGUCGACGGACUACCCGGCAACAGCGACGCAGGCGCCAUGCAGACAUGGUUAUUAUGGAACAUGAUUGGUCUAUACCCAGUCACUGGCCAGACAACCUUCAUCAUCCACUCACCCUGGUUCGAUUCCCUGGUCAUAGACCUCGGCGCUGGCAAAACCCUGAAUAUCACUGCCAAAAACGGCGAUAAUAAUGGGGACAGCAAGUUCUACGUCCAAAGCCUCAAAGUUAAUGGUGUCACUUGGACCAAGAGCUGGCUGACAUGGGAUGAUGUGUUUGCAAAAGGAGGCACGCUGGAGUUUGAGUUAGGGAGCGAGCCGGUGCAGUGGGCGACGGGGGUGUUGCCGCCGAGUCCAGCGUCGUGA